AUGAAAUUAACUACUCAAAAGUUAAAGUAGGCAUAGCAACUAAUCAGAUAAUAACAGUAAAAUGAAGCAUUAUUAACACCAGCACUUGAAUAUUUCAUCAACCCAACAUCUUAAAAUAAUUAAUUGAUAGAUUCUCUCCUCCAGAUUUCAUUUUUUAAAAACAACUGUCCUGAGGGAACUCAGCUUCAGGAUUUUGUAAUGUAAGCAGCAAAAUAUGCAAAAUAUGAGUGCUUCUCUUAUGGAUAGAUAAUAUUCAAUUAUGGAGAAUUCGGUGAUAAAAUGUUCAUCAUAUUGAAAGGACAAGCAGGAGUAUACAUUCCAAAACCGCAGGAAGACAUAUAGGAAGAAUAAGUUUAAAUAACUCAAAAAAAAAGCAAGAAGCUGAUUUUCAUAGAUGAUGCUUUGUCUGAAAACAAAGAUAAUCCAUUCUACUAUUAAGAUGGUAUAUCAAAAUUCCACAAAGUAUUUUAAUAUUUCGCUGGACAAUGCUUUGGUGAUGUGGCUUUAAUCUCUGAUAAAUCCAGAACGGCUAGUUUGAUAGCCAUAUCUGAUAUUUUGCAUUGCAUAUCAAUCAAUCGGGCUUAAUAUAAACUAAUGUGUGAGAAAGCAAUUUAAGAAUAAAACAAGGCUAUGGCCUUAUAUACUAAAAUUUUACCUGGAAUAUAACCUUUUAACAUUACAAAAUUUGUCUAAAAUCUUAGGCCUAUCAAAUUCGCUUCUUAAUCUAUUCUUUGGUAAAAAGGAGACGAACCUUAAUAUCUUUUCAUAAUUAUUAGUGGCCGAGUUGACAUCUAUAAGAAUAUUGAAGAUUAAAAGUAAAUUUAAAACAAAACUGCUCCUAAUACUACAUUCACCAUUGUUCUUAAGAAAAUCGUUCUAAGUUCAAUAACAGAUGGAGGUGUUGUUGGUUAAGAAGAACUUAUUGAAGAAUUACAUUAGCGAAAAUAUAAUUGCCAAUGUGUCGAUAACACCAUUGCUUAUUAUAUGGAAGCAGAAGUAUUCAGAAAAAUUCGUAAGAAUUUUCCUGAUAUUGUCAAUCUCUUAAAAGAAAUUUAAGAAUAAAACAAUUAAUACAUCUCUUCAAGAUAAUAAUAGGUCAUGCAGAGCAUUUAAAAUUACUAAUAAUAAAUUAUUAGCACUGCAUAGAGCUAAAUUACUCCAAAGUCCUUUUACGAAUAUCUUGAUUUAAGGAGAAGACAAUUCGAUUAGACUAAAGUAUUACGAUCUGAAAACAAAAAGUUAUUGACUCUCUCAUAAAGUGUGAAAAGAAACUAAGAAGCUUUCUAAUCAAAAUAUAAGGAUAAGAUGCCAAAGGAUUAUCUUAUAGCGAACUCCGAAUUGCAAUAAAGUAUUCAACAAAAAUAAGAAAGGCUUUAUUACAUUAAUAAUAAAAAUCUGUAAUAUAAAAACUCAAAAAGUAAAUUAGGAUUGAGUCUCUCUAAUGAAAUUAAAAACUUAAAACUAAAUUUGUCGAAAUCUUAACUCAAAUUUAAUCAAUCUGAUUAGAAUUUAGAAAAUAUCAUUAAUGUCUAACAUAGAUAGGACUAGACUGAUGGAACUUCGCUUUCUCCAGAUAACAGCUGCAAAUUAGCAUAAAUUAAUCAAUCUCAAAUAAGCGACUCUAGAAAGAAAUAGCAAAUUUUAUUAUAAAAGAUUUAAACAAGUUUAAAAAUAAAUUAUCAUAAUAAUUCUUAAUCAAUUCGCCAUUUGAAAAGUCUUCAUUCCGACAGUAACUUAAAAAAAGGAAUUAAAACUGAUCAAAGCUUUCUUAAUGAGUAAUAACCGCAAUAGUUUUUCAUUACCUCUUGUAGAAAUAAAUAUGAAAAAUCUCCUCAAUCAUUUCCUAGAUUACUAUAAAUAGAAAAUGACAACAAUUGA